CACUUCCGCCGUCGGCAGCCCCCGCUUCCGGCCCCCGUUCCUUGGUAACAAUGGAGCAGAAAAUGGCCGCUUGAGAGGGGGCGCGGGGAGACGCUGCUGCCGCUCGGGGACGCGCGAGACCGGAGGCACCAGGACCGAGCCCGCGGCGCGGCGGGGCGAGCGGCGGAGCGAGGCGGCCACCCGGCCCGGCGGUGCUGGCGGCGGCGGUGUAUAUUUCAAGGCUUUUCUGCAGAUGUUUUGCUUCUACUUUGAUGCACAUUUGCACUACUUCUGUUGGAGUUAAUAGCAACAGGAAGAGAAUAAGCCCAUAACAUGUGACAUCUUUAAAAACCUGAAAGCACAGUCCUCCAUUGCGGUUAGAACAAUCUGCACUUACUACUAAAAGACAUGAGCCCCUGCAGUCUUUUGUGUCCUCUGUUGACAGCUCUUGGCUGACGGAAGAAAGGAAAUUCUGUAUUAUACUGAGAUUCUCUUCCACUCUUUCAUCAACAUGGAAAGCUCAGAUUCUAAUGAUAAAGGAAAUAUUGAUCAAUCAGAAGCUCAGCGUCGUAGUCAGCUGGAUCGAUUAGAUCGGGAAGAAGCUUUCUAUCAGUUUGUCAAUAACCUGAGUGACGAGGAGUACAGGCUUAUGAGGGAUAACAAUUUGCUAGGAACUCCAGGUGAAAUUACUGAAGAAGAGUUGCUGAGAAGGCUACACCAAAUUAAAGAAGGUCCACCACAGCAAAACAGUGAUGAGAAUAGAGGUGCAGAAUCCACUGAAGAUGUAUCUAAUGGAGAUUCCAUCAUAGACUGGCUUAAUUCUGUCCGACAGACUGGAAAUACAACACGAAGUGGGCAAAGAGGAAACCAGUCUUGGAGGGCAGUGAGCCGGACUAACCCUAACAGUGGUGACUUCAGGUUCAGUUUGGAAAUAAAUGUUAACCGUAAUAAUGGGAACACCAAUUCAGAAACUGAAAAUGAGCCAUCUGUAGAACCUUCCAAUGGGGAGGAUUUGGAAAACAGCCAAAGUGACUCUGAGACCCCUCGGUCUGAAUCGCCAUCAGGAGGGCAGACUGCAUCUGAAAGGAAUACCUCUGAGGAAUUGGCAACAGAGGAAGCUCCUUCACACAGAGGUCAGAGAAGAGCAAGAAGUAGGAGCCCAGAGCAGAGGAGAACACGAGCUAGGACUGAUAGAAGUAGGUCACCUAUUAAUCCAGUGAGUGAGGUUCCUCGCAGAUCUCAUCAUAAUACGUCAUCUCAGACAUUUGAUCAUUCCCCGGUAAAUGAAGCUGAGGGAAGUUCUAGAACUAGACAGCACGUGACGUUAAGGCAGCAUUCGACAGGGACUGAGAUGCCAAGUGAAAGCGCAGCUCUGUUUUCAACCCCUGAAGCAAGACCUGUUCCUCAAGCUGCUGGUUCUUCAGAAACUAAUGCCAGUGGUGAGUCUGCAGCUCCUGGACAGAGGCCUCCUACUAUAGUCCUUGAUCUUCAAGUAAGAAGAGUUCGCCCAGGAGAGUAUCGGCAGAGAGACAGCAUAGCCAACCGAACUCGGUCGAGGUCCCAGACUCCAAACAACACAGUCACUUAUGAAAGUGAACGGGGAGGGUUUAGGCGCACAUUUUCACGUUCAGAACGGGCUGGAGUGAGAACUUACGUCAGUACCAUUAGGAUUCCUAUUCGUAGAAUCUUAAACACAGGCUUUAGUGAGACUACAUCAGUCGCGAUUCAGACCAUGCUAAGGCAGAUCAUGACAGGCUUUGGAGAGUUGAGUUACUUUAUGUACAGUGAUAGUGAUGCAGAUCCUAGUGGCCCAGCCCCGAAUCAAAGUGGAGAUGCUGCUGAGCCACCAAAUGGAGGAGGAACAGGUGGUGGUGGUUCGAGUAGUGAAGGUACUGAUGCUAGCUCAGGGGAAGUCUAUGAAGGUAGUAAUGAAGGAGGUUCCACAUCCGGUGCUAGACGGGAAGGUCGGAAUACCAGGGGUUCAGUCACUUUUGAAGAAAGUGGUUCUCUACCAUUCCUUAGCCUAGCACAGUUUUUCUUACUAAAUGAGGAUGAUGAUGACCAGCCGAGAGGACUCACCAAAGAACAAAUCGACAACCUGACAAUGAGGAAUUUUGGUGAAAGCGAUGCCCUGAAAACCUGUAGCGUCUGUAUUACGGAAUACACAGAAGGCAACAAACUUCGUAAACUGCCUUGUUCCCACGAGUAUCAUGUCCACUGCAUUGACCGCUGGUUAUCAGAAAAUUCCACUUGUCCUAUUUGUCGCAGAGCAGUCUUAGCUUCUGGUAACAGAGAAAGCGUUGUCUAAGUGAGAUCUGAGCUUGUGGCCAAACAGCUGAUGUAAUAGUGAUGGGCAAAGAUGUCACUUCCUUUUUGGCCACCUUUUGAGUGGUGCCUACAUAUAAAGUAAUCACUUCGAGUGAAUGUUCCCUCAUGAAAACAUUUUCUCAGAUUCAAAGCUUUUAAAAUGGGCGUCUCUUUAGAGUCCCCAAAUCUAGUCAAGUUUCAGUGUAUUGAAUUUUAUUUGCUCAAAGACACCUAUCUGCUAAAAAAAAAAAAAAAAAAUUGUUAAAAAAAAAAAAAGUUUUGUGUUUUUUCUUUUCUUAUUAAGACUGUUAAGUUCCCUUCCCUAUUCCAGUGCGGUUUGAACCUUGAGGAUCUCUCCUGUGAGAACUUAUCUAAGACAUCAUCCCAGUUACAGAACAUACUUCAUAAUGUGUUUUGUUUUUUAAAACGGACUCAUCUGCCCCAUUGAAGUAGGAGCUCAGUUCAUCGGCAUCCUUAAAUAUCAUUUUAAUGUUUAUAUUGGGUGUUCUUUGACAUCUCUGUAAAUAACACUAACGUUAGUCCUUUUCCCAUCACUAUGGCACGCUGUAGAGUGAGCUAAUAGCUUAAUUGGGAUAUUUAUCUUGUUGUGGAAAUAUAAGAAUUGCCUAUGCUUGUUUAAAUAAAAAUAAAUUCUGUUUUAAAACUGUAAAGCUUUUUUGUAGAAGCUCAGUACUUUUUCCAAUGCACUGUUGUACUAAUGCAUUAAAAAUUAAAAUUGUACCAUGCUUAGAAAUGAAGAGAACGCUUUUCAUAUAAGACCCACCACACACAGAGCAAACGAUACAAGAGAGCUGCUUUUGUAAAUGUGUUAUUGUCAAGAGCAGUGCAUAUCUGUACUAUUUAAUUUAUGUGAACAGCUACUGUAACACAACAGUUAACAAUUAGACACCUUAAUUGCAUUAAAACUGAUGGAAAUUGAAUGUUAGCAUUGCAAUGUUUUGGCUCAGUACUGCCAUCAAAAAAUAUGAUGAUAAAAAAAAAAAAAAGUAGAAACCUGCUCUGAAGACUCUUCUUUUUGGGCUUUUUUCCCCCUUUAUAUGGUUACUUUGGUAAAAUAACAUAUCAUUUUAUUUAGUGAGGAUUAUACUCCAGUUUUGUAUAAGCUGUAUUUUAAUCACUGGGGUGCUGUGUAUAAUUUCCAACAGACAGAUGUUGGCAGAUUUUUCAUCAUUAUGUGCCACAACAUUAACUUCUGUGGAAUUUUUUUUAGUGACUUAGCUGGCUAGUCUCCAGAGUCAGAGGUGGUCACCUGUGACCAAAGUGUUCCCAGCAGAGUGAUUGAUUUAAUGUUCAGGCAUAGCUGAGAAAUAAUCGUUUGAUGGGUUUCUCAAAUUAGUUGUCAGUCUUAAGAUUGGUAAUUGUUAUUUGAAUACAUUUUAAGAACAAUGUUAUGGAGCUAGACUUUGCAAUUUGUUUUCUUUAAAAUAAUAGGCAUCUUGAAUUCCUCUUUAAAGACUGCCUAAAAAUCAGUUGCAUGUUAUAUUGCAAGUAAAUAGAUGGCUUAUCAAAAUUCAAAUCGUGGAAAUGCUUUUUACACCGUCACAAUUUUAAGUCUGCAUUGGAAAAUGUUUGUAGCUUAACUCUCAUUAGUAUUGUGGGAGGGCUGCCCCCACCCCAGUGAAAUAUUACUUUUCUUUUUCCCUUGGUAAUUUUUUUUUUUCAAUUCUGUAAGUUUUUUGCAAGGAAAGCAAAGUUUUAUUUUAAGUACAAAUGAGUAGUUAAUUAGGAUAUGAACUGCUCUUGCGGACAAGAUGGAAAAGGUUGGUUGAUCCUCAGAUGAAAAAACCAAAGCUGACCUAUCUUUAAAUUUAACAAAUUUUCAGUGUUUCCUAGUGGUGGUUACAUAGAAGAUCAUCUUAACUAUUAAGCCAUUUUAACUUCCCAGCCAGUUCAGGAUUCCAGCCUUCUGGAGCUCUCCUGUUCUUCUAAGUGUGCAUUUUUCUUAUUCAAUCCGAUGGGGAACCCAGGAACCCUGACUGGCUACUGUGCUCACUUUCCUCCAGGUAGAACACACCUUUGUAGUAGAUGGGGGUAUUUCUGGUAUUUUUUUAAACAGAAGCAUAUAUAAAUAAAUACAUAUUCUCUUACAAUUUCUCUACUUGGCAUACAUCAGUCUAUAAAAUGGGAGGUUAGGUAUCUUAGUGGUUGGAGUUACAUUCAUGAAUGUAGAUUACAAAAUCUUAAGCAAAAAUUUCUUCUGGUAAAUAUUGGAAAUGAUCACUUGAAUCUUUCUUAUAGCAAUCACUUGCUUUUUCAGUAACUUUACUGAUUUAUUGGAAUACAGAUCUUAAAAUAUUUUCAUUGUAUUAUUUGCUACUCAAGGAUAUUUUUUUAGUUUUUUAUGCAUCUUUAUGAGAACUAAGGGCAGUGACCAGAAUAAAAGCACCCAGCAGAGCCAGUGGAGGAAGUCUAUAACGUCUGUCAUUUUAGCAGAGCCACUUUUCUCCCAUAACUUUCUUCUAAAUUUUCAAGAACUAAAUGCUUCAGUAAAAUCACCUUUUCAGUCUUACUAUUCCUUACUAGUGGCAUGCCUUAACAUUCUCUCUUACGUAAUGGCAGCAAUGCUUGGCUGUUUCUGGUUCCCAAGAAGGUACCAGAAAAAGUCAGUUCAGUGAAGAAUCCUUUGACUCUUUCAAAUAUUUAUAAUUGAGCAUUAACUAUACCAGAAGCACUAAGGUGAAGGUCUUUUCUUCCAAGACAGUCAACAAGAUUGCAGUUGCUGAUGAGUGGAAGAAACCUAAGCAAAUAAGGCCGCUAUCAAAUUUCUCUACAGUGCUGCAAGAUGAACACUGGCAUAUGACAGCUUUGAUUUAUAUCCAGGAACUCCUGGUGUUUAUGAACAAUAUGCUUUAUAAACACUGCAAAACCAAAUCUGUGAAAAGUGCAGGCCUGACCCAGCAACAGAUUCUCGCUGGCUUAUGCCCUAAUAGUUUGAGAGAACUUAGUUCAUUCCUGUUAUAGUAUUAGAAAGUGUAGAGCCAUUCUUUUAAAGUUAUGCUGGAUCUCUUGAAAAGCUGGUGUAAACGCUUUAAUUGCCAAUGUCGUCUGUCACUGCAUAACAGUCACUUGGGGUUGGCAUGGUCAUGGUUAGUUGGAGUUGUUUUGUUUGAAUCACUGUAUUUAAAAGUAUAAGACUCCCUUUGUGCCAAGCAUUUCUAAUUGCAUCUGUAGCUUUCUCAAACCUAUUAUUUUCAGUAUUGAAAUCACAGAGGAAUGUGCACUAUUUUUGCACACAUUUCACUAGCAGUCUCUCGGCACUCAGAAGGUUAAAAAUGCAUCCAUUGUCUCUCAAAUGCCCAUGUGCCCAGAUGAACAAAGGGGUGGCAGCCUUGUGAUGCAUGUGCUGUUUUCAGCUCCUUGGUUCGCAGUGCCAUCUUGUGGUAGCCUGUCUUACCCUCCUUUCAAAGCUGGGGGUAAAUGUACAUCUAUCUUGGUUUUCACUAGUUGAGAACUUCUUUUUCUGCAAAUUGAGGUGGAUUUGUAUUUCAGGGUGCCCCUCUGCUAGUUUGUCACCAAAGCUGUUGCUGUUUACAUGCACGCACGCACACCUUCAUGUUUCAAACAUCCAUCCUUUGGGCAGAUAUGGAAUUACCUCAGGAACUUCUUGGAGGGUUGAUUUUGAGUCCUCUGUGUCCAUGGCUGAACAGACUGUCUCCAUAGAUACUCAAGCGCCCAAAGGGUUUAAACAUAGAAGAUUGCACGUAAUCUUUUUCUAAGCGUGCUGCAUACUGUUCUACCCAAAUUGCGAAUCUGUGUGAAGUUUUAUUUUUGGUUUGCCUUCUAACGGAAAUAGAAAAUCUCAGUCACAACCACUUGGUUUUCAAAGUUUUCCUUUUACUGGCACUUUUGUAACUUAACCCAGCUUUUUGCAAAUAAUAGUUUACAGGCAGCUUUUUUUGCUUGUUUGGAAAAUGGUUGCUGCUUUCCAUGCAUAGAGCCUCUUCGUUAAUGUAGGAAGUGCUCGUGUGCAUGCCUGGCAGCUGCACUGACGUCCCAGUUCUGAAGGAGCCAUGAUGGUCCAUUGUGCCAAUUUGCAGAGUAAUGCGUUCCUGACUCCAUUGACACAAUGUACUGGAAUGACUGUCAUUCCACAUGCCCAUCACUUUUCUGUGGGUUAUGCAAAUAUGUAGAGUCCAAAAAGACCCUUUCACCAGUAUAAUGUCAGUAAGAUGUUUAUCGUAAAAGGUUUGCUUACAUGUCAAAGAAAUCCAUCUUCUACACUGUGUUUAUAAUAGGUAGGGUCUAAUUCUAAGAGGAAAAAAGAAAUUCAUAGAUUCAUAAAUGCAGUUGAAGCUGACCAUUGGUCUACCAAUUUGUACCAGUGUGCCUAGGUAUUUUGUGGGUCUUCCAAAGGUGUGAUCUUAAUCAGCACAGUGAAGUAUCAGAUAUUUAACUGGCUGGGUUAAGCCACAGCCUUAACACUUUCUUUGCUUUAAUUUGAGACCCUUACUAAUAUUGUAAAGUGUUCUUGUGUGUAACUGUUUGGUGUCUUGAUUUUUCUCACCUGUUUUCAUUCAGCCUUGGUUCUACUAUGGGGACUUAAGGGGCUUGAUUAGGGUUAUGUGGAUAGAUGUUAAGUUGAUUAGGUACACAGAUGUCAUUGAAUGCCUUUACCCACUUGUUUGGCUACUCCCAGGAGGAGCUGCUUUGGGGUGUGGGUUUGCUUUGAGCCACAUUAAUGGAAUUCAGCAACAGAUUCAGAAAUAUAUUUCACAUCUUCAGCAGCCUUUUUUUUUUGUUUGUUUGCUUAGGGAUUUUGAUGGGGGAGAGGAGACAGGAACAAAUCUAGUGGUAAUAAAGGUUACCCAAAGCACAGUAAAUUAUGUUUGUAUUUAAAAAUUUAAAAGUUUGAUUCUGUGACAUGAGGGCUUCCCAACCUUUUCUCCACUUAAGGAGCCUAUUUUUUCAUGGGCCCAUUAUUGAAUUCUAUUUGGUUCUUUCUGGCUUUUUGUUCAUUUCAGCUACGAUUUCAAGACCCCUUCCUGAACCCCAGUAUUUACUAGUCAGUUCAUUGGUUGGGAAGCCCUAUACCAAACUGGGAAUGUAACAAGUUUCCUUCUUGUACAGUGUUUUACAUCUGUUUAUAUUGGACUUGUUUAGUACAAAAUGGUACUCUAAAAGGUCAUAAUAACACCAUUUGAUCAUAUUUGAUAACUAACAUUUAGGAAGAGUUUGUUCCCUGUGUAAGAUGUCAUAAUGCAAAUUUUAAACAAACUCAAUAAAAUGCAUGAAGUGAUAA